UGACAAGGAGACAAUCUGGAGGGGGACAAAAAAAUUGCUAAAAUUGGAGCAUCCUCUUCACGCUCUUCCAUCCAUUACCUCAUAAUCCCCGUCGCCCAACGCCAGAUACAAAACCCUAGAUUUAUUUUUCAUUUUUUUUUCCAGUGAUUUGUAUCAAUGGAUUUGUCAAAGCUCCCUGAUGCACAACGCCAAGAGCUUGAACAGCUACAAAAACAGUUUCAGGAACACCAAGCUCAACAACAGAAACAACAACAAGAAUCUGCCGCUGCUGCCACCGCCGCUGCCGCUGCUGCUGCCGUGCAACAACAGCCACCGGCCUACGAUCAAUCGCAGGUUCAACAAUUAUAUGAUCCAUCGCAGGCUUACGAUCAAUCGUAUUAUUAUAAUUAUAAUUACCAAGACCCGUCACAACAACAACAGCAAUACGAUGCUUCUUAUUACCAGAAUUAUUAUCCGAAUGCGUAUCAGCAACAUCAUCCGUAUACGCAUCCAGAGACGUUGGUGGCUACGGCUGUGCCGAGUGAGCAACAACAAAAUGCUGGGUCGGUAUCUGGAUCAUUAGGGCCAGGGCAAGUGCAGGAUCCUUAUGUUCAUCCGGGUAAUCAGGUAAAUUUGGGUGGGACGCAAGGCUACCCUGUUCCUCCAGGUCUUAAUGCUGCUGCUGCCGCUGCUGUGGCAGCCUUGUCGCAGCUGACGCAGUUUGCUGGUACCAUGGGUGCUGCUGAGAGAGCAAGUGGAGGAGGGUAUGCCCCUCCUCCCCCAAUGGCCGGUGGGGGACAUUACGGUCAGGGGCAUUUCCGUCCUCCGGUUGGUGAUCAUCCUCCUCCUCCUUUCUACAGGGGUGGCGGUAGAAGAGGUGGAGGUCCGUUUAGAGGCGGCGGGCGUGGCUUCCGGCCGCCAAACAUUAGCGGCUAUGGUCCUCCACCUUUUCAAGGAAGCGGAAGGGGACGUGGUGGUGGUGGUCGUGGAAGGGGUAGGGGUAGGGGAGGCAUUGGCAGGCAUGACCAGCCAUUCCCACCACCAUCUUCUCACCCUGUGGAGGGUGAAAAAGCGUCGGAAGGCGAAGGAGAAGCUUCGUUGAAGAUUGCAUGGUGUGAAUUGUGUAGGGUUGACUGCACGAGUAAGGAAAUCCUGGAGACACACAAGAGCGGGAAACGCCACCAAAAGAAUCUCCAAAUGAAAGGUGCAUACGGACCCGUUGGUGUUGGUGUUGGUGUUGAACAAACAGAAAAAGUGGAGAUGAAGGAGAAUGAAGCUGCAACGAAAGCAGACGAUGAGCGGGAGAAGAAGCCCGGGGGGUUGAAACGGAAGGUGAAAAGCGGCGGUGGUCGCGGUGGUAAGAGGCAGAGACAGCAAGGGGUAGGAAAGCCGAAAGUGGUGAUACCGUUGAUGUGUGACUUGUGUAAUGUGAAGUGUGAUACACAGGAAGUGUUUGAGCGGCAUGUUGGUGGUAAGAAACACAUUGCAAAACUGAAAAGGUUCCAAGGACACCAGGCUAUGUAUGGUCCCACUGCGGUUCAGGCUCUUUACCCUCCUAACCCUCUUUCACAGGCACUGGCACAGGCUCAGCCAGCUUAUGCUGGUGUUGGUGCACCACCUUCUGAUCAGAUCCAGAUGACUUCUUAUGUGGCACCCCAGAACCCUAACCCACAGCUUGCUGAUGCCCCUCUUCAAUUUGCCACCCAAAAUGCUAAUGCUAAUGCUGUAUCAGAAGAACCUCCUCAACCUGCUGGACCUCAGUAGUUAGUUGCUUCUGCUGAUGUUGGUGUCAAGUGUCAAGUAGCAGGUAAAUCUUAGUCUCAAGAUUUUUACUUCUAAAUCUAGAUAUAGAGAGGUAAGACUUUCUUUCUUUUUUUAGUUUGCUACUUGCUAUAUUAUUGUUUACCCUAAGCAAUAAAUAUAAUGAAUGGAAUUGUUUGCAGUGAA